CCUGCCGCCUGCUGGCUGCAGCGAGCGCCGCGGACCUGCUGGAGCCGGGCUGAGCCACCGCGCCCGCGUCGCGCCGCACGCCGCGGUGGCGCUCGGGGACGACCCGCGCGGGCGCGCACAGGCGGUGCGGGGCGGCCGGCGCAGCGCGGACCCUUGGCGGGCAGCACGCCCACUUCCCCCCGGGUCGGUGGCUGCAGGCAGCUCGGGCCCGUGGCCCCUCCGCCUCAAGUCUGGGAGCUCCCGGCCCCACUCUGCCGUUGCCUAUGGGGAUCCGAGAGUUUCCCGGCAGCGCACCCAGGGGCAAAAGCAUCGCCAUUGGCAUGAGGAGGUCACCGGACGUCAGUCCCCGGAGACUGUCCGACAUCAGCCCCCAGCUCCGGCAGCUCAAAUACUUGGUGGUGGACGAGGCGAUUAAGGAGGAUCUGAAAUGGUCGCGCUCGGUGGAGGACCUUACCAGCGGGCCGGUGGGGCUCACGUCCAUCGAGGAGCGGAUCCUGCGCAUCACCGGCUACUAUGGCUACCAACCCUGGGCAGCGAGCUACAAAAGGGAGGAGCGCCCCCGGGACUCCCCGGGCCCGGCGGAGGCCCAGGCGCCGGCGGCCGGCGUGGAGGCCGGCGGGAGAGGGAGCCGCCGCUGCUGGAGAUGCUCCCUGGCGCAGCUCAAGAAGAUUUUCUGGGGCGUGGCGGUGGUGCUGUGCGUGUGCUCCUCCUGGGCCGGCUCCACACAGCUCGCCAAGCUGACCUUCGGGAAGUUCGACGCGCCUUUCACUCUGACGUGGUUUGCCACCAACUGGAACUUUUUAUUCUUUCCGUUGUACUACGCGGGGCACGUCUGCAAGUCCGCGGAGAAGCAGUCUGUGAAGCAGAGAUACAGGGAAUGCUGUCGAUUUUUUGGAGACAAUGGCUUGACUUUGAAGGUGUUUUUUACCAAGGCAGCACCCUUUGGUGUUCUUUGGACACUCACAAACUACCUAUACUUACAUGCAAUAAAGAAAAUAAACACUACGGAUGUCUCCGUGUUGUUCUGCUGCAACAAAGCUUUUGUGUUCUUGCUCUCAUGGAUCGUUCUCAGGGACAGGUUCAUGGGAGUGAGGAUUGUGGCUGCCAUCCUCGCCAUCGCUGGGAUCGUGAUGAUGACCUACGCAGAUGGCUUCCACAGCCACUCUGUCAUUGGCAUAGCACUGGUGGUGGGCUCUGCAUCCAUGUCUGCCCUCUACAAGGUUCUGUUCAAGCUCCUCCUGGGCAGUGCUAAGUUUGGAGAAGCCGCCUUAUUUUUGUCCAUUUUGGGUGUGUUUAACAUCGUCUUCAUCACCUGUAUUCCUGUCAUCCUCUACUUUACCAAAGUGGAAUACUGGAGCUCUUUCAAUGACAUUCCAUGGGGAAACCUUUGUGGAUUUUCAGUCCUCUUAUUGACAUUCAAUAUUGUAUUAAAUUUUGGAAUUGCUGUUACAUAUCCCACUCUGAUGUCUCUUGGAAUCGUCCUCAGUGUACCUGUGAAUGCAGUGGUUGAUCACUACACUAGUAAGAUAGUCUUCAACGGGGUCCGGGUCAUCGCCAUCAUCAUCAUCGGCCUGGGCUUCCUCCUUCUGCUCUUGCCCGAGGAGUGGGAUGUCUGGUUGAUUAAGCUGCUCACCCGCCUCAAAGUGAGGAAGAAGGAGGAGACCGCUGAGGGUGGUGCGGACCUGGGCUCCGGAGCUCAGAACAAGAAUAGGAGAGGCCGCCCUUCCUUUGCCCGCUGAUAUCUGCUCUCCAGAACUCUGUGGUGAAUGCUCGUGUUAAUGAUUUGGAGGUCUAUUCUUGACAGGGGGAACCUCAGUUUGGUAAGGUGUACAUACCUGUACAGUUUUGGUAAUCUGCGGUAAGUUAUAUGGUAUUUAUUGGCAUGUCCAAUUUGCUUGCACUUUUUUCAACAUCAGACCUUUCACUUAAGGGUACCAAUUCAAUAUGAAAGAGAAAAGAAGAACCUCUCAGCUCUUUUUACAUGAAUGUAAAGCAAGUGAAAAUUAUGCUUGCAUAGAUUGUUUUGAAUGACAGACGUUCUUGACAAGGUGGGGCAAAUGUUUUGAAUCUUAGCAACCGAAAAUUACAUUGCACACUGUGAUUAUUUUUCAGCUGUGGUAGGUCAUAUUUUGUUUUAUACCAGAGCUGUACUCUUAAUUUUAAGGGAUUUCAAUGAACCAAAAGAUAACUGUAAGUUAAUUUGGAUGGAUGGAAUGUGAAGAGGUGGAGCAGAAAAGGAUAAUGGACAUCAAAAACCAUCGACGAGGGCUAAUCUGAGGAUGGCAAUUAGAGGAGGACAGGCCUGAGCCGGGUAACAGGGAGAUAAGUCCGAGCCUAGCUGGCUUGCUCUCACGUGUCUGUGUAAGAUCAUGCAAGAGAAAUUACAGUGCCUUCUACAGAAUUUUCGUCUAUACCUAUGUGAAGCGAGGUGACAUUAUACGUCACUGGCGCCGUCUUAUAAUUUAGAUGUAGAAAUCUUUAGAAACAAAUAAAAUUAUAUAUAUAUGUGUGUGUGUACAAAAAUGACAAAGCUGACGACCAGUGUAAUGGCACAUGGUUUGCGGUGUGCAGUGCUUGUAUCAGGUAGACUACACAGGAGGUGGUGAAUUGCUGGUUGCUUUUACUUCAUGACCAAGACCGAAAAAUUAUUUACUGAAUCUGUAAACCUUUUUAUGAAACUUUUAAGCACCAGGCUGUUUACUUACACAAUUUAGGUCUGCCAGAAAAUUCUAUCUGUGAUAGAUCUGUAAAGAGGGACAAGGGGAUUAGAGUUUACUAUUUUUGAAGUUUACAUUGUUACAUACGAAAUGGAAACCUUAUUUUGAAAUGUUGUCAUAACCCAAUGGUGCGCUCUGUAAGCAUAGAGUCUUUCGUUUCAUAGAGGAAAGGGCAUUCGUGACCUGAACUUUUUAGCAAAUUAUUAUUCUCUGUUUCCAUUACCUGUUUGGCCAGAUUAAUAAACUAUUUAAAAAA